UUUCGUUCCACACACAGUUUUUGGAUACCAACCAACGAGUCCUGCGCUCAUCUUAAACAACUACCAAAGUUACAGCAAUAAAAUUUAAAAUGUUGAAAUAUCUCGUUUGCAUUGCCCUCUUCUCGCUGACCUUCGCCAGUGCAGACAACAUCGAUAAAAAUGCCGAAAUACGCAGCUUUCAAAAUUCUGCCACCGACGCCGAGGGCAACUACCAGUUCUCUUAUGAGACAAGCAAUGGCAUUCAACAUCAGGAGGCCGGCAGUUUGGCUGGUGUGCGCGGCUCACUGAAUUACGUAUCGCCCGAAGGUGAACGCAUCUCCUUGAGCUAUACUGCGGACGAGGAAGGUUUCCAUCCGGCUGGUGAUCAUCUGCCGACGCCACCACCAAUACCAGCCUACGUGCUGCGGGCCUUAGAAUACAUUCGCGCACAUCCACCACAACUGAAAGAGGAACAAUAAGCUACGACAUGCACAACAACAAAAUGCUUUAAGCAAAACGGUUAGCCUGCUUGUCUAGUGGCAUGUCAAAGUUGAAGAGUUAAUUGACUCAUAUCAAUUGGUUGUUUGUUGUUUGUUUUUGUGCAUUUGCUCUUUGUUUUCAACGCAUUAUUAUCUGCUCAUUCGUGCAAACAUAUGUUUCUUUUCACGCGUACGCAUCGCCA